AUGGGAAAUCGCAGAAGCAACAACAGCCCUCGGGGUCCUCGCUCUCGUUCGUGGGCAAAUGUGGCUAGAGUGAUGACUAAGGGGUAUAAUCUCACAUACGUCGCCCCUUCAAUGGUGGAUGGUGAGCUCAUUGUUGACAUCACACCCGACAUUGUAGCGGAAGAGAACCCACCGCUGAACCAAUGUGUUGUAGGCCGUUUCUUGGGGAGGAAACUAUAUUUCAAAUUGACCGAGGAAGUGAUUAAGAAGACGUGGGGUGCCCAAGUUGUCGAUGUACGUAUGCAUGAUAGCGGCUACUACUUCAUUCACAUCUCGGAUGACUCCUUCAGAAGGAAAGUCUUGGACAUGGGACAUAUCUCCAUCCAAAAUUGCAUAAUGAUGCUCCAAAAAUGGCACUCUAAGCUGAAACUCAAGAAGGAGAAUCAUGACACCCUCCCCAUUUGGACUAGAUUAAAGGAUAUUCCACUAUCCCUUUGGUCGCAAUCGGGGAUUGGUAGUAUUGCUAGUGCCAUUGGCAACCCGUUAUAUGUUGACGCUCAAACGGAAGGAAUGAAGAGGCUCUCCUUUGCCAGAGUGUGUAUUGAAAUCAAGGCAACUCAGCCUCGUCCCGAGGUGAUUACACUACGUUGGGAUGGUGACUUGAUCCCUAUUGGUGUAGAAUAUGAAUGGAAGCCCCCAUCCUAUGGUGCUUGUGAAGUGUAUGGCCACAAACAUGGGAUGACCGGUUUUCCAUGUGCAACCAUAGAUGAACCUCCCGUGGGCGAACAACGACCACCUCCUCCCCAAACCCAAAACAGAGAACAAUAG